AUGUCUUUGGCGUCUUACUUGGCAGAAAAGUAUUUAAACAAAGAAGUCGUUAAAAAAAAGAAAAAAGCACAAAAAGAUGAUAAUUCUAUUCAUAUAGUUGAUGCAGAUAUUACAGGAUGGGUUGAAGUUCAGCCAGAUCGUAAAAAAACAAAACAAAUAUCAGCUGCAGAAAAAGCACAUGAAACCUUAAGAAAGGCACAAAAGGAUCUUAAGUCAGCAUUCAAAAAAGGGGAUCGCUCUUCCUGGCAAAAAAUAGCUAAUGAAAAAGAAAUUGAACAUGACACUCUAGACUCACAAGAUCCACCUGUUGUAGUGACACUUGAUGGACAUGACAUUACUUUGAAUGAGAACGAGACUCCAGAGGGUCCAUUAAUGUCUAGUGGUGCACGAGCAGGGCUGCAAACAGCAAAACAGGUUGCUGAUGAUUUGAAACGUCAAAAAGAUCGAGAACGUGCUAUUUUUCAAACAGCAGAUCCUCAAUGGACAGGAAAAAACGCAGAAACCAUCUACAGAGAUGCAAGUGGCCGAAGAGUUGACAUGGAGCUUGUUAUGAUGGAGAGACAGCGUCAGAAAGCCAAAGAAGAAGCUCAAAAAAAACUCGAACUUGAAAUGUCAAAAGGAGAAGUACAGAAACGCCAAAAACUUGAAGAAAAACAAAAACUAGAGGAAAUAAAGCAUUUGCCAUUUUCAAGAUCAAUCGAUGAUCCAGAACUUAACCGUCUUCUUAAAGAAAAGGAGCGCUGGAAUGACCCUGCUGCUUCUUUCCUCACAAAAAAACAAACUUCUACUCGUCCCGUGUAUAAAGGAUACUACAAUGCCAACCGCUUUGGAAUCCCACCUGGAUAUCGCUGGGACGGCGUCGAUCGAGGAAACGGCUUUGAAAAAGCCUGGUUUGCCCAUCAAAACGAAAAAAAAAUACAGGCUGCUCAGGCAUACGCUUGGAGUACCGAGGACAUGUAA